GACCAAAUAAACACGGAAGUAACGGUCUGCCCGAGAAGCGGCGUGGGAAUCUGUCGUUGCCCAUCCAUAUUUCACCCCGUGCAUCCUCUGAUUCAGCCCGCUGUCCGCCGCCGCAAUCCCACUUUCUCAAUGGAAAGCACCCUAUGAGAACAUUGUCAAACUCUACCAAUCAGUUCGCCCUUACAAAUUACAACCCCUGAUAUCCGUGUUGAUUGGGUUUUUCAAGUCCCCGGAUUUAGAUGCUACCUGAACGGCAGCCUUCCCAACAAUCGAGAGCGAGCCAAACGGCAAUUAGCCACCAGGAGCACCGCCGCAAUGGGCACUCCCUUCAUCUCUCUCCUUGAACCCACCCCUCUGCAAUGGGAGCGCGGAGUGCCGCCGGACGAGCAACCGGCCCGGUCAUCUAUCCCGCGCACCUUCCUCGACGCCAUGACCGUCCGUACCCAGGUCUUCGUCGAGGAACAAAAAGUCCCCGCCGAGAACGAAUAUGACUCGGACGACCCGCGGUCUGCACAUUGGGUGAUCUACGCCUCCGUCAACCAGACCAUUUCUCCCGCCCUCACCGACCCAGAGACGGGCGAGGUGAUCCAGCCACGGCGCAGCGAGACCCGAUCGGUCCCGAUCGGCACCGUCCGGCUCGUCCCGUUCCCCCACCCGCCUCACCCGCUCAACGGGGGAGUGUACGUAGACGGAGAGUUAGUCGGCGACAACACCGAGCCGGAAGAGAAAGGAGCCCACGGUGAGGGGGGGGCGCCUCUCGCGCAGCAGGCCUCGAGCCCAGACCAACAGAAACAACAACAACAACAAGACCACCGGCGGGCCUCCUCCGUCCCCUCCUUCACUACCGACCGCCCGACAGAUUUCCACGACGGUCAGGAGCCGUACGUCAAACUCGGGCGGCUAGCCGUGCUCAAGGACUUCCGCGGCCGGGGCAUCGCGCGGCAGCUGGUGCUCACGGCAGUAGACUGGAUGCGGAAGAAUCCAACCCACUUCGACCCGAGUCCGGCAGAGCGCGGGUUCGAGCAAUUGGGGAUGGAGCAGGGCGGGGAGCUGCCGCGGUGGAGGGGCCUGUUUUGCUGCCAUGCGCAGGAGGACGCGGUCAACGUCUGGGAGAGGUGCGGCUUCCAGGUAGAUAAGGCGAUGGGGAAGUGGAUGGAGGAAGGGAUCCCGCACAUGGGCAUGUUCCUAAGGGUUGAUAUCGAUCGGAGAUAGAUAUGGCAGGCUUCUUGAGGGGAAACUGGGAGAUCGAUGGCUUGUGCAAGGGAGGCAUGUUCGACUGCUUGAUUUAUCGAGGCGUUGGGGUACGCGAUACCCAUGGGUUCCCGUCACUUCGUACAAUGAAGAAAAAGGUGGAUAGAGAAAACCCGAAACUCCAUGUUGGGAGCAAA